UACUGCCACUGUCAGUCAACAUUCCCAUUCAGCGCCUGGAACCCAUCACUCGAACACGGGCUUCCCCCACAGUCGCGAUAUGGACCGUCCUCUCCCAUGAAUAAUAUGGGCAUCAUGGCCUACUCAUUGCCAAAUCAUCCCUCCCACCCUCAAUCGUACGAAAAUCAGAAUAUGGUUCAUCAAUAUCCACCUGCCCAUGGUCAAGGACUGGUCUAUCCGAUUCAGUCCAUAAGUCAUUACCCGGGACAGAGUGCAGGUGGAGGAGUUCCUUAUGAAAUAUCCUAUGCUUCGAAUUACCCGCCGUAUUCUAUACAGCACCCGGGCGCGUCUCAGCAGGUUGGCAGCUACUACCAACCAUUUAUGGCACCUCAAUCAAUGCAGAUCAUGGGUCAUGGACAGACACCGUUAUAUGGGGCUGGGUAUUAUCAUCAUCCGCACCCACACCCGAGCUACACGGCAUCAUAUGGACAUGGUGUACCUCCUUCGACCAGUCAAGUGCGACAAGCUGGCUCACAAACCCGGCAGGGGCCUAAUGGGCCCCCAGCCGUGAAUCUUGGGGCUGCCACCAAAAAGGAAAUCGACAACAGGGUUCUGGAAGCAGAGUAUGAUGUAUCUAAGACCAUUGUGGAUGGCUCAAACCCGAUGAAGCUACCACCACAUUCGUUACAAGCUUCCGAUCCGGCCGCUGCUCCUCUACUCUCAACUUCAAAUAUCCCUAAUGCCCCUCGUGGCCCUCCACGUAAGCCGAAACAAUCAGGCCAUGCCCUAUGGGUUGGCAAUCUUCCGCCCGGUGCAAACGUGAUGGAUCUCAAAGAUCACUUCUCCCAAGAUGCAACCAACGACAUCGAAAGCGUUUUUUUAAUCUCGAAGAGUAAUUGUGCGUUUGUGAACUACAAAUCUGCUGCUGCUUGUGCUGCUGCGUUGACAAGGUUUCACGACUCCCGGUUCCAGGGUGUUCGUCUCGUGUGUCGGCUCCGGAAGGGCUUCACUGCCCCGAGCACUGGUACCGGGAUGGUGGCGUCUGGCAUGGGAGUCCGAUCUCGUCCGGGUGAGAUGAUAGAUCCUCCCAGCGAUGAAGCUGCCGUGAAACCCGAGGCUACCGCCGUUGUUGAUCAAAUAAACGAUGCUCGUACCUUGGACCGUUACUUUAUCGUCAAAAGUCUCACCGUGGAGGACUUGAAGCUUAGCAAGCAAAGUGGAAUAUGGGCCACUCAAAUGCACAACGAAACCAAUCUGAACCACGCAUUCGAGACGACCGAUCAUGUUUACCUGAUCUUCUCAGCGAAUAAAUCGGGCGAGUACUUUGGAUAUGCUCGCAUGCUAUCCCCUAUUAACGACGACGAGGAGCUGGCCCUGGAGAUGCCUCCUCGACCAGAGCCUCUUGUGGGGAGCGGGGAGGAACUAGAAGUGAUACCAACCGCCGCCACACCCACGGCCCCGAAAGGACGGAUCAUAGACGAUUCGGCGCGGGGCACCAUAUUCUGGGAGGUCGAGUCCGAGGAAGGUGAGGAUGACGAUAACGACGCCCAUAGCGAAAAGAGUGACCCAGACGGAGCCAUUGAGGAGACUGACUUGGAGGGUCAAUCUUUCGGCAAGCCCUUCCGCAUCGAAUGGCUAUCUACGGAGCGAGUGCCUUUUCACCGCACGCGAGGCCUGCGCAAUCCGUGGAAUGCGAACCGCGAAGUGAAAAUCGCCCGCGACGGAACCGAAAUCGAGCCGGCGAUUGGCCGAAAACUGAUUGCGCUGUUUCACCUUAGCUGA